CAGAGAAACGCGAGCCAACGACUUGCAGUCGCCAUCGGGUCUGCCGCAUCUGCCCAUCUCCCUGGCCAGCCUGCCCGAGAUCCCGCCUGUCUUGUGGCCAUCCACAGUCCGAUCGUGCUGAACCGUCACCAUGGCGCCAAAGGAUGCGAAAUCCCCGUCGGCAAAGUCGUCCAAAGCCGGCGCCGAAGUCACUCCAACCCAUCCCCGAGUCAAGGCGCUAUCGUCGACCUUCCGAACGCUCGAGCGCCAAGCCGAGGCCAUUAACCCCUCCAACGAUGGCCCGCACUAUCCCAAGCUGGCUGAGCUGAGUGCUCCCCACGUCAAGUCCUUCGAUUCGAUAUUCGAGUCGUCCACUGGCGACAAGUCGCUGAUGGAGAUGGCCAUCGAGAACAUUGGAAAAACUACCAUCUUCAACCUGGGCUCGGGCCAGAAGCUCGAGCGGUCGACCCCAAAGCUCGAGAUCUGGAUCGAGAGCGUCUCGGUCGGCAAGCCCGUGAUCGAGGGCACCAAGGCCGACUCCUUCGUCGUUUUUCCUGCCGAGUGCCGUGAGCGCGGCACCAGCUACAAAGGAAAGAUGCAGGGCAAGCUGUGCUGGCGGGUCAAUGGUGGUCCCGUCCAGUCUCACGUCCGGCAUCUCGGCAAUCUCCCUAUUCUCGUCCGGUCGGUCAAGUGUAAUCUGAACGGAAAGUCGCCCAAGGAGCUCGUGCGCCUCAAGGAGGAUCCCGACGAGUUUGGAGGAUAUUUCAUUACCAACGGCAUCGAGCGCCUCAUUCGUCUGCUGAUCGUGCCUCGACGCAACAUCGCCAUCGCUCUGGUCCGUGGCUCGUUCCAAAACAGAGGCCCGACCUACACUCCAUACGGUGUCCAGAUCCGCUGCACCCGCAACGACCAGUCUUCGCAGACCUGCACGGUGCACUACUGCAGCGACGGCGCCGUUACUUUCCGCUUUGCCUAUCGCAAACAAGAGUACAUGGUGCCUGUGAUGCUGAUUCUGCGCUCGCUGAUCGAUGCCACCGACCGCGACAUCUUUGAGCGCAUCACCAUGGGCCAGACCGACAACACGUUCUUGACAGACCGUGUCGAGCUGCUUCUGCGCUCGGCCAAGCGCUACGGCGUCUACACUCGCAAGCAGUGUCUCGACUAUCUCGGAUCAAAGUUCCAUGUCAUGCUCAACUCGCCCGAAGACUCGACCAAGGAAGAUGUCGGUGUCGCCUUCCUGAAAACCAUCUGCUUGGUUCAUCUUGGCAGCAACCAGGCCAAGUUUGACUUGCUGAUCUUCAUGAUCCAGAAGCUGUACAGCCUGGUUGCCGGAGAAUGCGCCUCGGACAACCCAGAUUCGCCCCAGUUCCAGGAGAUCCUGCUCGGCGGACAUCUCUACAUGAACUACAUGAAGGAAAAGCUUGACGACUGGCUGACGGGCAUCAAGACACAGAUCCAGAUCGAUAUUCGACGAUCCCCUGCCUCGGUCGACUUCCAAGACAACAAGUACAUGCAGAAGGUGAUCCAGAAAGUCAACUGCGAUGUUGGUCGCAAGAUGGAAUAUUUCCUGGCCACCGGCAAUCUUGUCAGCAACACCGGCUUGGACUUGCAGCAGGUCUCCGGAUACACAAUUGUUGCCGAAAAGCUCAACUUUUUCCGUUACAUUGCCCACUUCCGAUCGGUCCACCGUGGUUCCUUCUUCGCCGAGCUGAAAACCACCACCGUCCGCAAGCUCUUGCCCGAGGCUUGGGGAUUCCUCUGCCCUGUGCACACUCCAGAUGGCUCGCCGUGUGGUCUGCUCAACCAUCUCAGUCACACCUGCAAGAUCAUGGUCGAGCCGUCAGACGCAAGUCGCGUGCCUGCCCUGGUUGCGUCCUUGGGCGUAUCGCAGAUGAACGCCGGUGGACCCCGCAUGGUCAAGGCCGCUGGCGACACCGAAAUGACUGACGCCACCGAGGCCGACGACGGCUUUGAGGACGUCGAGCUUGACCCGGCACACAUUCGCAGUGUCCAACAGAACACUGUGAUCUGUGUUCAGCUGGACGGCGAGAUCAUUGGCUAUUGCACCGCCAAGCUCGCAAGAAAGGUUGCCGACACCCUCCGGUACUGGAAGGUCGCGGGGCAGAAGGGCGUGCCCUUGGAUCUCGAGAUUGGUCUCGUGCCCCCCUCCCGUGGUGGACAGUACCCCGGCCUCUUCCUGUUCUCGGGAGCAGCUCGCAUGUACCGACCCGUCCGUUACCUGGCCACCGGCGAGGUGGACAUGGUUGGCCCGUUCGAGCAGGUCUUUAUGGAUAUUGCUUGCAUGAACGAGGACAUCAUCCCCGGAGUCACCACCCACCAGGAGCUGUCGCCGACUAGCAUGCUCAGUGUCAUUGCCAGCAACACACCGUUCUCGGACUUUAACCAGAGUCCUCGUAAUAUGUACCAGUGCCAGAUGGGUAAACAGUCCAUGGGAACCCCGGCGAUUGCGCUGCCGCACCGCACCGACAACAAGCUGUACCGCCUGCAGACUGGCCAGUCGCCCAUCGUGCGUCCCCGCGCUUUCAAUGACUAUGGCAUGGAUGGCUACCCCAACGGCAUGAACGCUGUCGUCGCCGUUAUUUCGUACACGGGCUACGAUAUGGAGGAUGCCUCCAUCAUCAACAAGUCUUCGCACGAGCGAGGCUACGGCUACGGCACUGUCUACAAGAGCGAGUUUAUCGAUCUGUCCGAGAAGCGCGUUGCGGGCGAAGGCAUCACACACCACUUUGGCCUCGUCCCGCCAGAGGGCGGCGCCAAGAUGAGCAACAAGAUGCUCGAGAUGCUGACCAACUUUGUGGACUACGACGGUCUCCCCCAUGUCGGCGUCAAGCUCAAGAAUGGCGAUCCCCUGUACACCUACAUCAACGACACCACUGGGCGAGUUAUGGUCGAAAAGUACAAGAGUAUGGAAGAUGCCUAUGUCGACGAGGUCCGACUGAUUGGAUCCGACAUGGGAGACCAGGAGCUGCAAAAGAUCCACAUCAAGUACCGCAUCCCCCGUCCACCGCAUAUCGGUGAUAAGUUCUCGUCGCGGCACGGCCAGAAGGGUGUCAUCUCGCAAAAAUGGCCCUCGAUCGACAUGCCGUUCACGGAGACGGGUAUUCAGCCCGACGUCAUCAUCAACCCGCACGCGUUCCCUUCGCGUAUGACCAUCGGCAUGUUUGUCGAGUCGCUCGCAGGCAAGGCCGGCGCCUUGCACGGGCAUUCCCAGGACGCCACUCCCUUUGAGUUCACGGAGAACUUCUCGGCCGCCGACUACUUUGGCGAGGAGCUGAAGCAGGCUGGCUACAACUACCACGGCAACGAGCCACUCUAUUCUGGCAUCACUGGCCGCGAGUUCAAGGCUGAUAUCUACAUCGGAGUUGUUUUCUAUCAGCGUCUGCGUCACAUGGUAUCGGAUAAGUACCAGGUGCGCACCACCGGCCCCGUCCACAACCUCACGCAGCAGCCCGUCAAGGGACGAAAGCGAGCCGGCGGUAUCCGUUUCGGUGAGAUGGAGCGCGACUCGCUGCUGGCGCACGGUGUCUCGUUCCUGCUGCAGGAUCGGCUCUUCAACUGCUCGGACUACUCGCAAAGCUACGUCUGUCGGUUGUGCGGCUCGAUCCUCAGUCCCCUGUCGAGCUCCACAGAGAGCGAGACGAUCCGCGGCCAGAAGCGGCAUGUGGAGUGCAUGAACUGUGCCACGAGCUCGGGCAUCGAGAUUGUGCCGAUCCCGUAUGUGUUUAGAUAUUUGUGCACCGAGCUGGUGGCCAUGAACGUCAAGUUGAAGCUCGAUGUUGCCUAGAGCACCAGCUUGGUGCCAUUCAUGGCCCACAGCUCUUCCACCAGAAUACACGACAGCAUGUUCGGAACGAAA